ACGUUGGACACGAACACCAUACUCACUCGUGACGAGAGGUUAUCGACGCUCGCGUCGCUCUGGAGUGGCUUCACCACACGCGUGGCUUCACCGACGUGAUCCGAGAACGACAUAUGACAUCGGCUCGCCGCACCACGUGCUGUUCCCGCGUUGCUCCCGAACACGCGAGCCAUACUUUUUCCGCAGGUGACCGGUAUUUCGCACAGCGAUCGGGACUCGGGCAAACGCGUCGCGUCAGUAAGCCUAGUAUCGUGACGCGAUCAUGCUCGCUAAUUUGAUCAAAGCUCGCGCUGUCUUCACACAGUCGUUUGCGCGAACGUGGCUAACAUGCCACGAGGCAAAAUUGCUUCAGAUGUCUCUACGGCGCCGCUCCACGACCGAGCUGAAGAGACGCCUCAAAGCCGAGCAGAAGGCCAAGGAGAAGGCUGGGAAAGAGGCUAAGGCAGCUGAAGCUAAGGAGCAAGCUAAGAAUGCCGAGAAGAAGAUUGAUCUCGAGGAAGAAAUUAGCGCAAAUGAAUACUUUAAGCUUCGAACACUUACAGUCAGUCAACUCAAGGCCAGCAAUGACCAUCCUUAUCCUCAUAAGUUCCACGUAUCAACCUCCUUAGAGACGUUCAUCGAAAAAUUUAUCGAUGUCGUGAAGGAUGGAGAAACGCUCGUGGAUGAAGUGCACAGCAUCGCAGGGCGCGUCCACUCCAUUCGAGGAGCUGGUGCCAAGUUGAUUUUCUUCGACCUUCGAGGAGAAGGUGUUAAAGUGCAAGUGAUGGCUAAUGCGCGAAAUUAUAAAAACGGAGAGAAAUUUGCGACAGACACCUCAAAGAUUAGGAGAGGCGACAUCAUAGGUAUAGUUGGCAAUCCAGGGAAAAGCAAGAAAGGCGAAUUCUCAAUUAUGCCACACUCUAUAACCCUUCUGAGUCCGUGCCUGCAUAUGUUACCGCAUCUCCAUUUCGGCCUGAAAGACAAAGAGACGAGAUAUCGACAGCGAUAUCUGGACCUCAUCUUAAACAACAGAGUCCGUCAAAUCUUCCAUAUACGUGCCAAGAUAAUUGCUUAUGUACGCAGUUACUUGGACAAACUAGGCUUCCUGGAGAUCGAGACGCCUAUGAUGAAUAUGAUCGCCGGAGGUGCGACCGCUAAACCUUUUGUCACUCACCACAAUGAACUCAACAUGGAUCUGUACAUGAGAAUUGCUCCGGAGUUGUAUCACAAGAUGUUAGUCGUCGGUGGGAUCGACAGAGUGUACGAGAUCGGCAGGCAGUUCAGGAACGAGGGCAUCGACAUGACCCACAAUCCCGAGUUCACUACCUGCGAGUUUUACAUGGCAUACGCGGACUACAACGAUCUGAUGGCCCUAACGGAGGAUAUGGUGUCCAGCAUGGUGAAGACGAUACACGGCACUUAUAAGAUAGUUUACCAUCCCGAUGGACCGGAAGGCGAAGGAGUUGAAAUAGACUUUACACCACCCUUCAAACGCAUUUCGAUGAUGAAGACAUUGGAAGAGGCUCUUCAAGUUAAACUGCCCAAAGCUGAUCAGCUCAACACGCCGGAGACGAACCAGAUUCUGAGUGAUCUCUGCACGAAGCACAACGUUGAAUGCGCUGCUCCCAGAACGUCCGCAAGAUUGUUAGACAAACUUGUUGGGGAAUUUAUCGAGGAGAAGUGCAUCAAUCCUACAUAUAUCAUAGAUCAUCCGCAAGUGAUGUCUCCAUUAGCUAAGUGGCAUCGUUCCGAAGAAGGCCUGACGGAACGAUUUGAGCUAUUCGUUAUGAAGAAGGAAAUUUGCAACGCGUACACCGAACUGAACGAUCCAAUCGUUCAAAGAGAAAGGUUCGAGCAGCAGGCGAAAGAUAAAGCGGCCGGCGACGAGGAAGCACAGAUGGUCGACGAGACUUUCUGCACCGCUUUGGAGUAUGGUCUGCCGCCGACAGCUGGCUGGGGCAUGGGUAUUGAUCGCCUAACAAUGUUCCUCACUGACUCGAAUAAUAUUAAAGAGGUGUUGCUCUUUCCUCAAAUGAAACCUGAUGAAAACCCAAAUAAACACAAGGACAUCGCUGAAGAUGACAAAACGUCAAAUGUCAGUGACGAAAAAUAAGACAGACAUGGGCCAAAAAUAAAGUUAUUUAUUUAAAGUUAUAAGAAACACAGUUAAUGUUUUCCACCAGUGUGAGAAUUUUUUUUUUGAUGGAUAACUUUCCCUAUUUACAGAGAAAUAAAUUUUUUUUAAAUUCGGUUAUA